AUGGAAAACCAAACAAUAUUUUAUUUCUAUCUAUCUGGAUUUUCUGACCUAGCGAUUUUCCAGAUUCAUCUUUUUGUGAUAUUCCUUCUAGUCUAUGUGAUGACUAUGUUUGGGAAUUUCCUCAUCCUUCAUCUGAUCUGCACAGACUCAAAUCUCCAAACACCUAUGUACUUCUUUCUUGGGAACUUGGCAUUUUUGGACAUGUGUUGUUCCUCAGUAAGUGCCCCCCGGCUGCUUUUUGACUUAUGCAGCAAAAGAAAAGUUAUUUCCAGAGCAUCUUGUACAGUACAGAUAUAUUUCUUCAUUUUCUUCACCACGUCAGAAGUUCUUUUGCUUGCUGUCAUGUCUUGUGAUAGAUAUUUUGCCAUUUGUCGCCCUCUACAUUACUUUCAAGUCAUGAAUCUCAGAGCUUGCACCGAGCUGGCACUAGGGUCAUGGACAUUCGGUCUUGUGUAUUCUUUGAUGCACACACUUUGUACACUAAGGUUGUCCUUCUGUAAUUCUAACACCAUACACAAUUUCAUUUGUGACAUCUCCCACUUGUUUCAACUUUCGUGUACAGACACCUUUCUGAACAUCUUAAUCAUUUUUCUUUUUGGGGGGCUUCUUGGAAUAACUUCUUUGAUAAUAACACUUGUCCCAUAUAUCAGAAUAUUUACCACAGUAGCAAAGCUUAAGGCCAAAAAGAGCAAAAUUAAAGCUUUUUCAACUUGCACAUCUCACCUCACGGUGGUCUUUAUAUUUUAUGGCACUCUUGUUUUUAAUUUCUUCCGCCCAAAUACAACUUAUAGAUUUUCAGAAGACCGAGUGAUAACCAUUAUUUACACUUUAGUGACACCUUUAUUAAACCCUCUGAUAUACAGUCUAAGAAACCAAGAACUCCAAGCAGCACUAAGCAAAGCUCUCCACAAACUGUAA